AUGGGAUUUAAAGUCAUCAUCGUGGGCGGCAGCGUCGCUGGCCUAUCAGUCGCCAAUAUGCUGGAGCAGUUCGACAUAGACUAUGUCCUUCUCGAAGCCUAUCCGCAGAUAGCCCCCCAAGUCGGUGCCAGCAUCGGUAUCCUACCCAACGGCUUCCGCAUCCUCGAUCAACUUGGAUGUUUUGAGCCCAUCCUCGACAUUGCUGGGGAUUGUCGCUACACCAUUGGCGGCAUGCAUGGGCCUGAUGGCCUUCCACUUGCCGCUACUUCACCGACGAGCCUCUCAGUUCACUUUGAGAAACGGGUCGGCUAUCCCUCCAUUUUCAUCGAUCGACAGAUGUUGUUGCAGGUCCUGUACAGAAACCUGAAACACAAAGAUCGAGUGUUGACCAAGAAGCGGGUUUCUCGGGUUGAAUUGGUCGACGGUGGAGUCCAGGCUUAUACCCAAGACGGGUCCGUGUACGAGGGCGACAUUGUCGUGGGAGCAGACGGCAUCCACAGCGCAGUAAGAGACGAAAUGUGGCGCCUCGGAAAGGAGCAGAGUCCGGGAUACUUCCCCGAGGACGAAAAUUCUCGUACGUAUAACUACACACUGUCGUCUUCGUCGCUCACAUGGUCCGCAGGAGUUCCAGUCUCGACUAGGUGUAUCUUUGGAAUUUCGAAACGGCCCUCUGAGCUAGGUAGCCGAAGCCAACAGAUGGUGAUCGGCGAGGGCCAUGCAUAUCUAAUUAUAGCAGCUCCAGGAGACCGAACGUAUUGGUUCCUCUUCGAUGGUCUUUCAGAGACAAAGUUCGGGAAGGAUAUUUCGAAAUACACCAAGGCCGACGAAGAAGGACUCGUAAAGGGGCACCGCGACGAUCAUAUUACCCGAGAUGUCACUUUUGGUGAGCUGUAUGACCGAAAGAUUAUGUCGACGCUGGUUCCGCUCGAGGAGUAUGUCUUUGAUCGUUGGCAUUACAAACGCAUCAUCACGAUAGGAGAUUCGGCUCACAAGAUUGAUCCGGCAUCUGGCCAAGGUGGAAACGGAGCCAUGGAGUCUGCAGCACUGCUCGUCAAUGCUCUGGUCCGUCAACUAAAACUCAGCCCCCAAGGCCUUUCAGACUCUCAGAUAGACUCUGCGCUGUCAGAGGUCCACGCGCUCCGCUACGAGCGCGCCAAGCGUCUAGUUGAACAAGCACAUUCGCUUCAGAUGAUGAUCAGCCAGCGGUUCCCGUUCGCUCGCUUCAUUUUCAAGCACCUUAUUUCACUCUUUGGUCAAGACGCUUUCAUCGACAUUGUCACCCCGAUCUGCUGCGAAGCCACAAGGAUCCAAGGUAUUCCUGUUCCAAAACGACCUCACUUUGUCCCGUUUGAGGACGAAUUACCUGCAAAGCCCAUCAAGGGCGGGCUUGUCAGACGAGUUCCGUGGGUUCUCGCUACCGGCACUCUUGGGCUGUCGCUCUUUGCUGCGCUCAAAAGCAAGGACCUUGGAGCUGGAACGGGAGUGUUCUAUAGCACUCUUCAGCAAUGGGGUGCUGGAGGCCUCUUGGCAAAGGUAGUUGGCCAGAGCUCGGCGGCAGGCCUAGCCAGUUUGAUCCCCGUUCUGUCGGCCUGGCUCAUUGAGGGCUCUCGGCGUGGAAAUUCACUAAACCCAUUGUCAUGGACAACGAUCUACUCGCUCAUAUACUCAAUCAUCGGUCCGAGCUCAGUGCUACCAUUCUUCUGUCUGUCAUCUGUCCUCUUCUCCACAAAGUCCACCAUCAACAGACCUGUCGACCCCAAGAUCGCUCAGUCCAUCGUCCCAGGCGUUCUCCUAGGUUUUGUGGCACCGACGGUGGCAGCACUGUUGCCGAUUAGAGACUCCAAACUUAGGCACUUUGUCGGGACAGCUUGGCAGGCAUACCCACUACUUUGUGCAGUACUCACUAGAGGACUUGCUGCUAUCCGCACCAAGACGAACAACAGCGGACAACUGGAAACCGACACCAAGGUUGAAGACAAACCAAUCAAUUAUGCUCCCCCAUCCGAACUUCAACUGUAUAAGAACGAGGACGUAGCGCCCCUCAAGUUCUCUCAUGGCUUUGCACUUGCUCUUGCUUUGGCUGUUCCCGUCAUCACGAGAGCUAUAUCAUCCCCCGACAGGACGCUGUCGGUCAUAUCACAAGUAGCGCCAUUCGGUCCAAACACAGGUAUCAUAAGCGCAGCUUCGGGCCUGGCAUACUCUCUGUACGCCGUCUGGGAACUGCGCUCACUUGGCUUCGUGAGAACAAAGCAGGCUGUGCUGGGAGGCUUGGCCUCACUUGGUGCUUUGGGUCUGGCUGGGCCUGGUGCCAUGAUUGCUGGCAUUGACUAUUGGCGCGAGCAUGUCAUCUCCAGCUUGAGUUCUCAGACUGGGCUGCUAUAA